AUGAACUUCGGCGGUAUGAUGGGCGGCGCGGCGCCUGGUGUGCCCCAGCAACCUUCGCAGCAGUCUCAGCUCAUGAUGGCCAAAGUGGAGAUGGCAUCCUACGCGGAUCUGUUCGAGCGCCUGUCGCGCGUGUGUUUCCAGAAGUGCAAGUUCAAAUACAACGACGGCCAACUCAACGUGGGUGAGAUGAGCUGCAUCGACCGCUGCGCCGGCAAGUACAUGCAGGCCUACAGCUCACUAGGCGUCAAGAUGGCACAAGUGGAGAAGGAAAUCAUGGACCAGGCUGCCGCUGGCGCCGGCGUGCAGCAAUAG